AUGGAGGAAUUGGACACCGACGCUCUUCAAGAGCAGUUCCGCGCUCACUGGGAAAGCAGCACCACAGAUGAAGAUGUCACACUGUAUGGAUUCAGCCGCUUCAGAACGAUUCACCUACUGAACCUUCGAUUCCUCGAAGGUGAGAUAUCUGAACUCAAUCGUCUAGUUUACCAGGCAGGAAAGAGUCUGGCCGAAGUUCGGCCCUCACGCGCACGUCUUGGCAUAGAUUCCAGAUGGAGCGGCAUGUCAUCAGCACCAGAACCAACCAAGAUCAUAAAUCAAGAAGUGGUCACUAAGCUUCGCGACUUGCUGAGGCAAUAUGAUGAGGCACUUGUUGCAUUUCAUAACAUCAUGGGCAUGGAAACAUCGUCUUUGAUCGAUGAUGAACAUCACGUAAGUCUGAGAAAAGAUUGA